GUCUCUUUCUCGGUUUUGCUUUCCCUCGGGGUCUCCCUCGUGCUCGGCUAGUCCCCCGGCAGCCCCCGGGGGCCCCCGGGCCCCUCGGCAUCCCCGCGCUCGGCCGGGCGGCAUGUCCUGGGCCGCGCGCCCGCCCUUCCUCCCGCAGCGGCAUGCCGCGGGGCAGUGUGGGCCGGUGGGGGUGCGAAAAGAAAUGCAUUGUGGGGUCGCGUCCCGGUGGCGGCGGCGGCGGCCCUGGCUGGAUCCCGCGGCGGCGGCGGCGGCGGCGGCGGCGGGAGACCCACAAAGCCCGGAGCCGGAGCCGGGGGAGGCUGGACGGGACGGGAUGGGCGACAGCGGGCGGGACUCCCGAAGCCCAGACAGUUCCUCCCCCAACCCCCUUCCCCAGGGAGCCCCUCCCGCUUCUCCUCCCGGGCCCCCCCUACCCCCUUCUGCAGCGGCAUCCCUUGGAGGCUCAGGGGCCCCACCCCCAAUGCCCCCCCCCUCCCCUAGGCUCCCCCUUCCCUGUCAUCAGCUCUUCCAUGGGCUCCCCUGGCCUGCCCCCUCCAGCGCCCCCUGGAUUCUCCGGGCCUGUCAGCAGCCCCCAGAUUAAUUCAACAGUGUCGCUCCCUGUGGGUGGGGCUGGCCCCCCUGAAGAUGUGAAGCCACCAGUCCUAGGAGUCCGGGGCCUGCACUGUCCACCGCCCCCUGGUGGCCCUGGAGCUGGCAAACGACUGUGUGCAAUCUGUGGGGACCGAAGUUCAGGCAAACACUAUGGGGUUUAUAGCUGUGAGGGCUGCAAAGGGUUCUUCAAGCGAACCAUCCGUAAGGACCUGACCUACUCGUGUCGAGACAACAAGGACUGCACGGUGGACAAGCGCCAGCGGAACCGCUGUCAGUACUGCCGCUAUCAGAAGUGCCUGGCCACGGGCAUGAAGCGGGAGGCGGUACAGGAGGAGCGUCAGCGGGGGAAGGACAAGGACGGGGAUGGGGAGGGGGCUGGGGGAGCCCCCGAGGAGAUGCCUGUGGACAGGAUCCUGGAGGCAGAGCUGGCUGUGGAGCAGAAGAGUGACCAGGGCGUUGAGGGUCCCGGGGGAACCGGGGGUAGCGGCAGCAGCCCAAACGACCCCGUGACUAACAUCUGUCAGGCCGCUGACAAGCAGCUGUUCACCCUGGUUGAGUGGGCCAAGAGGAUCCCACACUUUUCCUCCUUGCCUCUGGAUGACCAGGUCAUAUUGCUACGGGCAGGCUGGAACGAGCUGCUCAUUGCCUCCUUUUCCCACCGAUCCAUUGAUGUCCGGGAUGGCAUCCUGCUGGCCACGGGGCUUCAUGUGCACCGCAACUCUGCCCAUUCGGCCGGCGUGGGAGCCAUCUUUGACCGGUCCCUCUCCAGGGUGCUGACAGAGCUAGUGUCCAAAAUGCGUGACAUGAGGAUGGACAAGACAGAGCUGGGCUGCCUGCGGGCAAUCAUUCUGUUCAAUCCAGAUGCCAAGGGCCUCUCCAACCCCAGUGAAGUCGAGGUCCUGCGGGAGAAAGUGUAUGCGUCCCUGGAGACCUACUGCAAACAGAAGUACCCGGAGCAGCAGGGACGGUUUGCCAAGCUGCUGCUACGUCUUCCUGCCCUCAGGUCCAUCGGCCUUAAGUGUUUAGAGCACCUGUUUUUCUUCAAGCUUAUUGGCGACACCCCCAUUGACACUUUCCUCAUGGAAAUGCUGGAGGCUCCCCACCAGCUGGCCUGAGCCAAGACCCAUAUCCAGGACCGGUCCUGGGGCUGGUGUUGGAGGCGUGUACUGGCUACAGGGAUGCGGAGCCUGGAGGCGCGCUGGGGAGGGCCUGGGUCCUAGAAGGUCCUAGAAUCUUGGUGGGUGCGGAGGAGGCACGGAAUUGAGACCUCUGGGAGGGGUUAGGUGGGGUCUGUAAAGUCUCUGAGGGUUUUCUCCAUGCCCCACGUCAGAGGGGCUCUGACCCCCGCGAGGACUGGACCUCUCCAGUGGCCUUGAGGCUCUGAAUCUGUCUGGGGCUCCCACGAUUUGGGGUGAUUCCUUAACCCUGGCCUGGAAUGAUUUCUCCCCUUCCCCCAGCACAAAGCACUGGCCUUGCGCAGGAGUUUGCUUCCUUCUCAUCUUCCUUUCCACUAAACCCCCUCUGAAGAGUGGCAAUGGGAACUCCCCAGAGAUGGCCGUUGGGGGGCAGGCCCCCCAGCUGAGGAUGUGGGAGUAGUGCUCCCACAGUUCUUCUCUCUCGCCCAGCCCAGCAGACGGGCUGCUCUGGAGGAGGGCGCUGGGGGUCCCCCGCACCCUGCGUCCUGUCCUGUCCACCGUGCCCGCUCUCACUUUACCUCUUGCAGUCAGACUGAAAGAAAAGGGUGGUGGCGGGGGCGCUGGUGGAGACCAGGAACUGGUCUGCUUUCUCAUUUCCUCAGAGGAUAGAGACUUGCAGUUAGACUCAAAGAAGUACUGUACUUUCCCGGUCUGGCGGAGACGUGCGUGGGGCAGGAGGGGGUCGCGCCGCGUUGCUGCCCUUGAACCCUCCCAGCACCGGCCUCCCGCGGGGAAGGGGCUGGGGAAUGCUUUGGUGAGCAGACCCCCCCACCCUUUCGGCACCCCGGGUCCCCGCCGUGUGGUCGGGGGCACCGCGGAGCCUCGGAAUCGAGGGGAGACCGCCUGCCCACCCGCCAAGCGGGGUGCCGGGGCUGCAUGACUUCCGCCCGGCAGCCCUCUCCCGGGGUCCUUUUCCCCACACUUUGACUCACAUAAAAUC